AUGCUCAAGUACAAGCUCGCCUGCAACCAGACAGUCUUCAUGGUGAGGAAGGCCAGCAAGCUGCGGGAGGAGUUCUUCUACGAGGCCCUGCACCACGGCAGCGAGAUAUUUUACAUCAAGGAGGAUCUGAGCGACCUGUGGGAGGUGAUCGAGGAGGCGCUCUCGCCCGCCGACGGCCUCCCCGCCGGCGCGAGGGCGGCGCGGGUCGCGGCCGGGGGGCGGCGCGUCGCGGACACGUACCUCUCGCGCCGCGGCAUCGACUGCUACGUGAUGCUCUACCUGCAGCGCUACUACUUCCCCUGCGCGAGGGCCUCGAAGUGCCGCGGCGGCUCGUGCGACGUCUCGCCGUCGUCCAUCGCGCUCAGCAGGGCGGCGGGCGACGGCGGCAGGCUGUGCGCGUCCUCCGACAUCGGGGAGUUGCGACUGCGAGCGAGACGAGACGCCGAGCGUGGUGUGACAGCCUCCGCCGCCCGAAACGUUCGCCCUCGGCCCUCGCGGCUCUCCCGCGCUCCGCCCCAGAUCCUGGGCUCCAUGGCAGCACUCUUGGCGCGCCUCCUCGCGUUUCUCUUCCCCCCCCUCCCCCCUCACCCAGCCUCGUGUUCAGCCCUGUCGUGCUCCCCCGGGGCGGCACACGAGCACACCGGGUCCGUGUUUGCUCCCCCAUUUGUUCGGGGGGCGUUUUUGCGCUUGCCGUCCUCCCGGGUGCGUCGCGCGCGCCACCGGGCCAGCCGGUGCGCCGCUCCGCUCCUGCUCCCCCCUCGUCGACCUCCUGCAGUGGCCCCUUUAUUCCUCCCGCUCGUGCCGCCCUUCCUCCUCCGCCCCGCUGUGUGUGAGUGA